CGCUCACCGGCGGAAUCAUGGCGGCUCAGGUGGACUGUGAAUUCCUGGUGAAGAAAGCUCGCGAUUUAGUGGCGGAGGACCCGUGGGCCGCCAAAGCGUGGCUCAUUACUGCCAGGACGUUGUACCCUACGGAUUUCGGAAUUCAGUAUGAAAUGUACAUGAUUGAACGAAAUGCUGAGAGAACAGCUUCAGCUGGAAGACUACUUUAUGACAUGUUUGUAAAUUUCCCUGAUCAACCAAUGGUAUGGAGAGAAAUAAAUGUUAUUACAGCAGCUCUGCGUAAUGAUGCCCAGGACAAGCAAACACAGUUUUUACGAGGAUUAUUUGAGACUCUUCCAGGUCGAAUACAAUGCGAAAUGCUUCUUAAAGCCACAGAGCAAUGCUUCAACACACUGGAGAGAGCAGAAAUGUUGUUGCUGCUCUUGAGACGAUUCCCGGAAUCUGUAGUGCAGCACGGAGUUAGCCUUGGUGAAACUCUAUUGGAAGCAGAAAACCUUGAUGAUCAAGACUCACCAGUCAAUUGUUUUAGAAAGUUAUUUGUAUGUGAUGUCCUUCCUCUAAUUAUCAAUAACCCUGAUGUGAGAUUACCGGCCAAUCUGUUAUAUCAGUAUCUCCAUAAGGCAGCAGAGUUUUAUAUUGGUUACGUCACCAGAUCUCCUUCAUUGGAAAGCCAGCAUCAAGGUUCCCAAGACACAGCUGAUAUGAAAUCACCUACCAAACGAAGUACUCAGAAAUAUAUCAUAGAAGGUCUGACUGAGAAAUCAUCAUUAAUAAUGGAACCAUGGGACAGAUUGUUUGAAAUUAUGUCUGUUGUGGCAAUGAGGUGUGAGUGGCAGAUGGACAAAACAAACAGGAACUGUGGUGAAAUUCUGCAUCGGAUGAAAGAUUUAUGCAGGUAUAUAAACAACUUUGAUGAUGAAGGUCACAGGAAGUAUAAGCAUCAAGUUGUUUAUUCUACACUGCUGAUUUUCUUCAAGAAUGCAUUCCAAUAUGUCAGUAGUAUCCAACCAUCUCUUUUUCAAGCAUCCAGUCCUUCUAGCAACCAAAUUCCCCUUAUUUUGUUGGAUGAUUUAUCAAAUAUCUAUGGUGAUGUGGAUAUUGAUAGAGGUAAACACAUUCAUAAGAGACGAAAGCUUGGAGAAGGGAGGGAGAAAACACUGAGUUCAGAUGAUGAAGAAUGUUCUGGAAAAGGACGUAGCCGUCAUAUUAUUGUGAAUAAAAUUGAGCUGCCAAACUCCAUUGAUGUACUUGAGAAUUUUAAGCUUGCAAGAGAAAGUUGGGAGUUGCUGCAUUCUCAAGAAGCUUUGGAAAAAGAAUUUACACGAAUCUGCAUGUCUUGGAAGACUGAAACCUGGUUGUGGUUGAGGAUAUUUAUAACGGACAUGAUUGUAUACCAGGGUCAAUACAGGAAAGCAAUAAACAGUCUUCAUCAGUUAGGUGCUCUUCAAGGAGCCCAGCAGCACGUCAUGAGUCAGGGCACACUUGAACAACAGAGAGCACUAAUCCAAAUGGCUGCCUGUCACUUUGCAUUAGGAGAAUACAGAAUGACAUGUGAUAAGGUUUUGGAUGUUAUGUGCAGUGUCAUUCCAUGCGUGCAAGAUGUGGUAAAAGUACAAGAGGAAAUUCCAAAAGUGAAACCUAGAUUUAGGAAAGAUCUCAAACUGUUGCCUUGUACAAGUAAAGCUAUGAUGCCAUAUUGCCUUCAGUUAAUGUUGGCCUGCUUUAAGUUGCGAGCCUUUACAGAUAUACGAGAUGAUCUGGCUUUAGGUCAUGUGAUUGUACUACUUCAACUGGACUGGCCUCGUGGAGAAAACCUCUUUCUGAAAGCAGUUGAUAAAAUUUGUCAACAAGGAUCAUUUCAGUAUGAAAACUUCUUCAACUAUGUCACAAAUAUUGACAUGUUGGAAGAAUUUGCUUAUCUCCGAACUGCAGAAGGUGGUAAAAUUCAUCUCGAAUUGUUACCAAAUCAAGGUCUUCUAAUUAAGAAUUCUAGCCCUCCACUGGGCGUUCUUCCGCAAGAGUUCAAACUGCAGCCCAGCAGUCAGACAGCUGACAGACAUCACACUGUAACCCGAGGUAUUACAAAGGGAGUGAAAGAAGAUUUCCGAUUAGCUAUGGAGCGGCAGGUUUCUCGCUGUGGGGAAAAUCUAAUGGUUGUGCUACAUAGAUUUUGCAUCAAUGAGAAGAUAAUAUUGCUUCAGACUUUAAUGUGACAGAUAUAUCCAAAUCUUUUCCUUCUUAAAAUAUAUGGAUGUUUUUGUGAAUCUGCUGAACUGCACUGCUCAUGUCUUUCGUAUUGUAAAGUUUGUUAUUGGAUUUUAUUCAUGAGUGAGGCUGUCAGAAUUGAACUCGAUACACAGACUUGAAAGGAUAUAUUCUAAUUCCAUGGGAAAAAUUGCUAAUAUGUUGAAUCCUUAAGUAAUCCAUUUUACUGAAUGUUUGUAUUCAUUAAGGCUGGCGAUCACAGUACUAAAGGACUAAAUAUUUCAUUCCAUUUUUUUGUCCUUGAAUUUGUCAGCUUCAAACACUCUGAGCAGGCACAGAAUAGCAAUACCCAACUAUGCAGAGAAAAACCCCCUGUACUCUUCACCCAACACUGUGCGCUUUACAUCUAACCUUCAGUUUCAAAAAAAGCGUCUCCUGCACCAUUCUGAUGUUCCUCAUUGUUGCACCAAGUUCUUGUAGGAUUCUGACUGCCAGACUUUUGCAUUAUAUGAGGAUCUUGCACCCAAUCAGAAACUGAGUUGAUAUUUGCUGAAGUUAUUUGACUUGGGUCUCUUGCAACCAUCAGAAACAGAAGGCUUUCUUCCUGUUUAUGACUAAAGGCUCUAUAAAAGGAUAAUGCUUUAUCUCUUUGUCCUCUUAACCAUGUAGUAAUGACUUUUUGCGAACAAGAAAUAAGCAGAAACAAUUUUAAUUUGAGCCUGUCUCUCAAAAUCUAGCACCUCUUAAAUUUAACAGGCCCAUAAUUUAUGGUGCAUCAGUUCCACUUUCUGAUUUGUAUCGUUUCCAGACUCUAGUAUCUGUUGACAAAUGUGUUCAGUCAGUAGUCAACAAAUUCCAGGCAGAAAACCUCUUCUGAAAUUAUUUCUGUCCAGUGGAGAUCAAUGCAUUUAACUUAAAGUUAGCAUCCAAAAUAAAUGACCUUUUUAAAAUUAAAAACUAAAUGCUGGAAAAGUUCAGGUCUAAUAAAGACCAUGGAGAGAGAAACAGAAUUAAACUUUUAACUUUUGGCUCUUUGAAACAUUGAACUAGAAAUGUUAAUUCUGUUUCUCUCUCAACAGAUGCUGCCAGACCUGCUGAGUUUCUGUAGCACUGUUUUUAUUUCAGGUUUCCAGUUUCCACAGUGUUUUUUUUAUUCUCAGAUACGUGUCCCGUUUGCUUUAAAGUGGAGUGCAUUCUGUUCAAAGGCCUUAAAUGUCAAAGCAGGCUGUCAUGGUCCUGGAAAAACAGUGGUGCUUCGUGGAAUGCAAUAAAGAUGCAAAAAGAGAAAUAUUAAGGAAUCGUAAACCCAGUAUCUGGAAUGGAUCUAUGUAAUACCACAUUAAGUGGUAAGUAAUGUAGCUCUUCUAACCUGAAUAAAUUUUUUUUUUAAUCUACAAUUCGCCACGUGCACUUUUCAAUGAAAUAAAUCAGUGAAACAUGCUGUUUUGAGUUUGACAUGUUACAGUUGAUAUUUUUAGUUUUAUAUACUGUACAAAUGUUGUUUGUUGCUUAUAAAGUCCCAGAUGACUAUAGGACUGCUAACUCAUUAAAGAUAUUGUGGUGAGUUUAACCAGAGGGUCACCAUGUCUCUAGCAAGGGACAAGGUGGGGCUUUCAUGAGAACCUCAACCAGAAUGGACAUUGCUGAAGGAAAUCAACAGGUCUAGCAGCAUCUGUGGAGAGAAGGCAGAUUUAACAUUUUGAGUCCAGUGACCCUUGUUCUGAACAUCUUCAGGAUAUAAACCUGGACUGUUGAUAUCACUCUGAACUGUAUACCAACCAUCCAACUAACUGGGUAACUAAACCUUGUUUAUCUUGUUCUAUAAUCUUACAUUUAAAUAUAUCUGUUUGAAUGUGUGAAAGAUUAUUCAAAUUAUCAACUUUCCUAUAUACAGUUGAGUUCAAUAUAACUAGUCAAGCUACCACUGCUGACUCUCCUUGUCGAUAAGUAAUAUUAAGACUGAAUAAACAUUACAAAGAAGUUAUCUCACUGGAGAAUGCAUCACUUGUUCUUUAUUUUUGAGUUGAGGUAUAACUCAUAAUCCAAGAAGCAUCAAAUUUUUCCAAAUUCCUUAUUUGAUCUCUUUGAUAUUUUCUAUUCAGAAGAGCAUAUUUACAGAUUUUCACAUUUUCAAGAUAUUUGAAAUCUAAAUUUAUCAAUCUGUGGUGUUAAGAUAGGAUCUCAAAGUCUGCACCGACCAAUGCCAUCUUCAUGAUGAAAUCAAACAAAAGAAAUGGGGACAGUAUGCAGCUUGUCUUCAUGUGAUGAUGCUGAAGGAUUCAGUGGUACCUGUACUAACCUCUGGACUUAUUGUCUUGAGACAAUCUCUGGACUUAUUGCAAGGCUUUGAAGAUACUAAAUUGCUGAGAUACUGUACCAGAAUAAUUGCUGAUGGAUACUAUUGAAAGUUUUCUUGUAAUCAACUAAUUAAGAGCAAAUUGCUUCUAAUACUUGAGGCUCUGCUGUAUGAUGUUCCUGAAUUUAAACGUCUGUUAGCAGCAUGACCUACCACCCCAAGAACUUGCCUGUUCUUCAUGAAGUGUAUGAUCUACUUCUGCUUUCACUCUGUUGAAGCUCUUGCCAGGUGCUGACAAGGGUGUUAUUCUCUUCCAGUUGAUGCAGUUACUGAAGUUUUUAUUUUUGUGAUUUGAUUAGUGCUCCACUCUAGUCAACCAGGAUGUCCUCGACAAGUCAAAUCUUGUUGAAUAGGCUGAAGAAUUGUGUAGGUGAAAGUGAGGAUGGCAGAUGCUGGAGAUCAGAGUCAAGAUU